AUGCCCACUUUAAAAACGUAUCGUUUGCAUAAAACUUUGCAUAUUCGUCAAUUUACUGGUCGUUUAUACCUUGGUGAUAAGUAUUUGUUAGGGAUCUGGUUUAGCGAUCUUGUGUUAAAAUCCAGUAUGUUAAUUGGUCUAUGUUUGGGUGACCCAUUUCAUAUUCAGUUAUCAUCGUACAAUACAAGUAACGAUUUUCAAUGUUGUUCAUCGAAAUUUCAAACGACAAAUAUUUAUUAUCCAAUAAUUGCUUCUCCUUACCUGUUUUUGCCACUAUUAACAUCGAUAUUUACCUGUAAAGUACGGCGAAUUCCUGAAACAUUCAAUGAAGCAAAACAGUUGGGCUUGACCGUUUAUAAUCUUUUGUUUUUAUCUAUUUCAUUACCGGCAAUCGAUAUAACCAUGACGAGAUAA